UCGGCGAGCAGCUUCACAGACCCUCUCCAGUCUCCAAAAAAAAAAAAACAAAAAAAAACGGUGGAAUAGUUUUCUUCAGCCUCAAAAACUGAGCGAAAAGGGUAAAAGCAGUCUAUCAUAACACCAGGAGCAACGUGCUGCUGACACUUCGCUCUAGAGAAAUGGGAGAGCGGUUAUUUGUGCUCUUCUUGGUAUUCGCAUUCUCUCCUGUUCAAACAGAUGCUGCUGCAUGCGACUCCAGGAAUUUCCAGUGUGGCAAUGGGAAGUGUAUUACUCUGAGGUGGAUGUGUGAUGGUACAGAUGACUGCGGUGAUGGCACUGAUGAGCUCCCUGCUGCCUGCUUGUCAAAAACAUGCAGACCGACCGAGUUCAGCUGUGGUGGACGACUAAACCAAUGUGUGCCUAACAGCUGGAAAUGUGAUGGCAAUGCGGACUGUGAGAAUGGUGCGGAUGAGGCUGGCUGUGGUUCCAGACAGUGUCUCAGUGGUGAAUUCCGCUGUGCCAAUGGCCAGUGUGUGUCUCGUGCAUUUGUGUGUGACGAUGAGUCAGACUGUGAUGAUGGCAGUGAUGAAGCUCAAUGCCUGCCCAGCACUUGCGGCUCAUCUUCCUUCCGCUGCAACAACUCAGCAUGUCUUCCUCGACUGUGGGCCUGUGACGGAGAUAUGGACUGCCCUGAUGGUUCGGAUGAGUGGCCGCAGAACUGUGGAGUCCGGCCUUCAGUACCUCCCAGCAGAACCAGGCCCUGCUCCAUUCUGGAGUUCCACUGUGGCAGUGGAGAAUGCAUCCACAGCAGCUGGAGAUGCGACAGAGAGGCUGACUGUCUGGAUCGAUCAGAUGAGAAAAACUGCUCUUUAUCCACAUGCCGACCAGAUGAGUUUCAGUGUGGUGAUGGAUCAUGUAUUCAUGGCAGCCGCCAGUGCAACCAGGUCUAUGACUGUAAAGACAUGACUGAUGAACUGGGUUGUGUUAAUGCAUCCCAUUGCGAAGCUCCAUCCAAGUUUAAGUGCCGCAGCGGUGAAUGUAUAAGCAUCGACAAAGUUUGCAACAAGCAGCGUGACUGUAGGGACUGGUCUGAUGAACCACUGCGUGAGUGUGAUUCUAACGAGUGUCUAUACAACAAUGGUGGCUGCUCUCAUAUCUGUAAUGACCUGAAGAUUGGCUAUGAAUGCUUGUGCCCCAGUGGAUUCCGCUUAGUGGACAAGAAGCGAUGUGAAGACAUUGAUGAAUGUGCUAAUCCAGACACUUGCAGCCAAAUCUGUGUAAACCAGUUGGGCAGCUACAAGUGUGAGUGUGAGGAAGGCUACCAGUUAGACCCAGCAACCAAAGCCUGCAAAGCUAUCGGAACUAUAGCCUACCUGUUCUUCACCAAUCGCCAUGAGGUGAGAAAGAUGACUCUGGAUCGCAGUGAAUACACACGUGUCAUCUCUCGCCUGAAAAACGUAGUUGCACUGGACGUGAACAUUGCCACCAAGGAGAUCUUCUGGUGUGACCUGUCUCUUAAAAAGAUUUACAGAGCUCCUAUGGACUCAGCCUCAGACUCCUCUCAGCACAGCGUUGUGAUUGGCAGUGGCGUGGAAGCACCUGAGGGGAUCGCUACGGACUGGGUCCAUGGUAACAUCUACUGGACCGACAGUAUUCGUGGCACAAUCUCUGUAGCAACAGCCAAUGGGAAGAAGCAUAAGACACUAUUUGCAAAAGACCUGGCCAAGCCAAGAGCAAUUGUGGUUGACCCAAUUAAGAACUUUGUGUACUGGACAGACUGGGGUACCCCAGCUAAGAUUGAGAGGGGUGGAUUGAAUGGAGUUGACCGCAGUGCACUAGUGACUGAUAACAUUAUCUGGCCCAAUGGGAUAACUCUUGAUCUGUUGAACCAGCGACUGUACUGGGUGGACUCCAAACUGCACACUCUCUCCAGCAUUGAUGUACAGGGCGGCAGUCGCCGGACACUCAUUAUAGACCAUGGCAGAUUGGCCCACCCACUGAGCGUCACUGUUUUUGAGGAGAAAGUGUUCUGGACUGAUGUUAGCAACAAUGCUAUCCUGAGUGCAAACCGUGUGACAGGAGAAGACAUCACAAAAGUGGCGGAGCACCUCUCAUCUCCCGAGGACAUUGUGCUAUUCCACAACCUCAAGCAACCCCGAGCUGUAAACUGGUGCAUGCUUGGCAACGGCGGAUGCGAAUUCCUAUGUUUGGCUGCCCCACAGGUUAGCAGAUUCUCACCAAAGUACACAUGUGCCUGCCCUGACAACAUGAUGCUAGACAAGGAUAUGAGGAAAUGCGUCCCUGCUGUGCCAUCAACAUUGCCACAAGUCCAGCCCAAGACUUCUGCUACAGCUCAGCCUCAAAACCCCACAACCACUGUACCUCCUACUACCAAAGCGUCAGCUCUGAGCACCACCACUCCUAUGCCUGUUCUUCACACCCAGCCCAAAGAAGGUGUUACAGAAACUCUGUCAACCAACACUCCUUCUGAGGUGUCCACACAGACAAGUAAGGAUGACCACAGUGGUGUUGCUGCAGCCGUAAACAAGACAUCUCCAACAUCAGUUGCUCUUUAUAUUGUAUUGUCCUUAGGCAUGUUAUGUCUUCUUGGAAUUGGUGGUGUUUUGCUGUGGAGGACCUGGAAGCUGAAAAACACAAACAGCAUUCACUUUGACAACCCAGUCUACCAGAAGACCACAGAGGACAAAGUUCACAUAUGCAGAACCUUCAACUCUGAUGGCUACUCCUACCCACCUCGGCAAAUUGUCAGUCUUGAAGAUGAGAUAUAAACUUAUGUCAAGGCUGAGGCUGGAUACUGCUUCAAAAUCAGAGGACAUCUGAGCUUGGAGAUCCUCUUUUUCCAUACAACCUCAGCAAACAGACAUUUGGAGAUUGUUGGAGAAUGAAGAACACCGAACGAUUUUGUUCCUGGCACAAAACAGGGUCAUCCUUCCAGGAGCCCUAGAAGCUUCUAGUAAGCACAGAAAAACAUCAUAACCUCAAACAACAUCAACCUCUUCUGUAGUUAGCACUUUUGUGUGUCUUUGUCUUUUUUGACCUUUUGUAAUUAGCUGUAAAUCUUAGCUUCAACAAUAAUGUGCCUUGUGAAAUGAUUCUUUUAAGAAUAAUGAAAUUAUAGAAAUGAUUAUGUUUUUACUUUGUAACCAAAAUCCUGCAAAUACACAAUAUUAUGAGGUAGGUUUUUGUCAGCUAUGCGAUACUGUAAAUAUAUUUUUGGGGGGGUUUACUGUUUUCUUGACUGGUGAGUGCUGUUUUCCACACCACAGCAAUAUAGCAGAACCUCAGGACUUCCAGCAAAAGCUUAAUAAGUAGAUUCACAUUAAAGAGAACCUCAGAUGUCUAUUAGUCUACUAAAGGAGUUCUGCUUUUGUAACGUUGAUGAUCAAUAAACCAAAGUCUAUGAAGCGAAAAAAAACAAAAACUGGUGAUGCAAGGUAGUUUAUGACAUACUUUGAAACUGUUGGACACAAACCAGUGUCAAUGUUUUAACAGACAAGGCUCUAUAAAGAAGGUUCUUAAUGUUUUUUCUAUGGCAUCUUUCCAAAGAAGCCUAGAGGAUGUCUAGUCUGUCACAUAAUUGCUCAAAUAAGCAUUAUUGUUUCCUUUUUCAGUCUCUGCUUCUUAUAUCUUGUUCAGUGACUGUUAAAAGAGUAGCUAUAAGCAGUGUUAUCUUAGUGUAAUUUCUAUCAGGGACAAAGAAAUAACUAAAGGGGUAAAACACUGUUACUUGAAAGUUACAGGACAAGGUUAUUGCUUAUUUGAAGCUGUAUGAAGUAUAUAAAUAUUUUACAGAUUCCUUGCUCUGCAGCUCUGGGGGUGCUUCAUAACGUCUCCAGUAUUCAUAUGAUUGUGUGCAAAGGUUUUGGCACCCCUGGUCAAAUGAUUGAAAUGAAAGUAAGUUAACAAAGCCUCUACAGAGAACACACUUCUACACAUUUGUUGUGUGUUUAUUUGCUGCAUUUAACAUUUUUGGGAAAAAUUAAAAUGUUAAUAAAAUGUAAAUAGCCUGUGCAAAAGCCAUGCUACAUUUUAUAUUGGGUGCUUUUUUAACUAAGCAAUUAAGAAGAAUUGUGCACUAAAAUUAGCAGAAAAUGCCUUUUUUAAGCCUGUUUCUAUCGAGGAUGUGUUAACUUACGUUCAUGUAGAAAAUCAACAAAACAGGGGUUUUCAGACUUUCGCGUACAGCUGCGUCUGUCCUUCAGAUAGGAUUAUUUUAGGUUCUUUUGUCUUAACAAAUAACCUUUUGAACCACCAGCCUCCACAAAUAUGCAAACACAGUAAUUUAGACGUGUAUGUGUUUUUCAUUUUGGCUCAGUGACAGUAAGAGGGAGAACGAUGUGUUUGUUUUUUCAACCAAGAGCAAAGACCAAAACUGACAGGCAGAACUGGGGAGAAGGCUUUUUGACUGGCUUGCUGUAGGACCUAGUUUUAGAGAAGGAUAUUUAUUCAUGUUUUGUUUUCUACCAUGCGGGACGUUUAUGAGGUGCUAUGGAUUGGUUUAGUAGACAUAGGAACAGUAUAAGAUCAAGUGCAUUGUGUCUUUCUCCCGUCACUGAUUAAAGUGCGAUGUGUGUAAAUCUUUUAUUUGUGUAUGUAAAUAUACUUUCAUGUCUUGUGAUUAUUGUUCCUAGCUUGUACAUUUGAAGUUCUUUGAUGUAUGUAAAAUUUAUUUAUUGUAGAAUCUAAAUGUCUUGAUUAAUAUUUGGAAUCUUGUGCAUAAUGUAUGAUUAAGAGUGUGUAAUAAAGUUCCCCACCUACAGAAUCCCAUAAUAGAAUCACUGUGUUGUACCGCUGUGCUUGAUGCUGUAUGUUCUGCCUGAUGUAGUUGUACACACAAUGAUCAUAUAUUAAACAGUCUUGAUCGGUUUUUAAUGAAACGUGACACAUGAACCUUUUUUGUUGAAGUCUUCACAAUAUGUCUUACCAUGUGCAUACUCCUGUUUUUAAAAAUGUAAAUAAAUAUGUUAUUUUUC